AACGUCAUCAUGUUGGGAAUACAUUAGAUUGGCCCCUUAUUUUACUUCCUCAUUACGUGGGACACAUGGGUGGUUUCACAACUAAUUAGAACCUAUUUAACAUGGCUGUAGAAUCCAACGGGACCUAUCCAAAAUUAACGAUUGUUCUCUACCAUAGAACAACUUUUCGUAUUUGGCUUAUGCGUGUUACUACAAUUUGCCUUAUGACCCCACAAAGUGCCCAAAAUCUCAAACAACUACAACUGGCUCAAUCGGCGCACUGUAGAUAUUUGGUGCUAUGUACACAGGGAGUGGAGCAAGUUUAAACUGUAACUAACCCUAGUACAUUCUGAACCAUCUGCAGAGCCUUAAUGGUGUUAUUGACAGCAAGUAAACGCUAAACAUUGCCCUUUACCUGUUUGACAACCACUGAUGUUAGAAGGAUCUGGGGCGCGGGCACAGAGAGAGAUAAAUGAAAGGUUAAAUUUAGAAGGACGAGAUGCUGAUUGGACUUGCGAUUGUCUGUACCUGUUAUGGACUAACUGGGCGGUUCCUGAGUGAUCUCUAGUGCUCCUAAGGGCUACGUUCUCACACGCCUUCUUGCAGCAAUCUAAACUCAAGGCAAACUCCAACACACUCUGGAGGUGACAAGUGACGAACUUGGAAACGGGCGUUAAGCAGCAGUGAGCGGGCAGGAUGACAUCUGUGAGUGUGAGCAGCAAGUCAUCAUUCUUCAGACCGUUUGCAGAUGCAGCCCCUGGGCAGCAGGACAGAGCCAGUCAAGAGGGACACAUGGCUGGGAGCUGUUCUUCGGCGCACUACAUGGCCCAGCCUGAAGUGACCGAGAAGAAAGGCAAUCCGAGCUGGGAAAGUGAGCCGGAGGACGGAGGCUACCUGCAUCCAACUGAGAACUUCACACAUGAAGAGCUGAAGGCAAAGCCAGGCCAGGAGCAGAAACCAGCCAUGUCUUACAUCGCUCUGAUAGCCAACGCGAUUCUAACUUCCCCCAACAAGAAACUCAACCUGGGCUCCAUUUAUAAAUACAUCGAAGACACCUUCCCCUAUUACAAAGGUCGUGGCCAAGGCUGGAGGAACAGUGUUCGUCACAAUCUCUCUCUCAAUGAGUGUUUCAUUAAAGCAGGGAGAUGUGAGGAUGGCAAAGGCAAUUACUGGAGUAUACAUCCCUCCAACCUCGAUGAUUUCUCCAAAGGAGAUUUCAGACAGCGCCGGAGGUGCCGCAGGAGGGGGCGUGCAAAGGAGCUGGAAAGUAAGUUAGCUGUGACUUACCCGAGCUGUCCGUUCCCAGUGGAGCCCCUCGCCCUGAACUCGCUGUACUCGCCGUACACCGAGCAGGAGCGCAGGGCGUACCGGCUGGAUGAGGUCCUAUACAGGCAGUACAUCAGCAACCCCUUUUGGAGGUGGUACCACAACUGCAGGAACCCUGCAGGCCCUGGCUGCGAUGCUGGCCUGAACACAGGGGCUCAGUGGCAAGGUUUGGGGGAGAAUGGACCCCCUCCAAAUUUCUUCAAAACUGUCAACAAUUGACUUAUAGAGAAAGCCUAGACUUCCCUGGAAUGUUCAGACCAUUACCACAGCCCAGAGGCAGCAUUAGUAGCUCUGUAACUAACUCCAGUAUGUCUCGAUGUGUGUAAAUGUGAGAGUGAAGUUCUACGCCGUAUUGUAACUGCUCACUCGAUGCUGGGAAUAAGUAAGGACAACACUCUCCCAUACCAACACCUAGGAUUUCCCUGGCGCUUGUAGUCACAUCAACAUAGAAACAGUUCAACCUAAGGCACCGAGCUCCAGAUUAUACAAGGAACUCCCUGACAAGCUGUAGAUUCAGCUAUUCCAAACGCUUGUUUUUUAAUGAAUUUGGUAAAAUGAACUGUUGGUUUUACAUCCAGAAGUAUCCAGAAGAACUGUUGUCCUCCUCUUCAUGUCCAAACGGACGAGCCCCUCGAUUGUUACUGAAUGAUUCCGUAGCUCCGCUCUGUAACCUAUUGAUUUGAUUGUUACUGGGGAAUUGAUGUGUUGUUGCUUUUGUGGUUAAAAGUCCUUUAUUGUGUAAGAAAAAAAAUAUGUAUACAACGAAAUAAAA